UACACACCAUAGGAAUUUUUCCUCUGGCCAGAUUAACAAUUUGUUUAUAGUCAAUUAAAAUGUGCUUGUGAAUUAACGAUAGAUAAAAUCAAGAAAAUGAAGUUUUUAAACUUUUUAGUGUUUGUAUUAGCUUUAGUCUGCAGUGGAGUGUGGGGGAUAAAACUGCAGGCCAAUGUGGGGGAGCUGUUCACGUAUAAAAUCGAGCCGCAACUCUUCAAUUGGACACACCAGGUCAUCAGCCAACAGUUUCGCUACCGACCCUCCUUGAAGAGCUACCCCGAUUUGCCCAGUUGGAUGAGGUACAUGUACAGCCAUGAGUACCAUGCCGGCUUCCUCUACGGAACUCCGCCGGAGUCGGCGGCUGGAAAGGAUCUCAGCCUGGACGUGGUGGCCCUGAAUCGCCAGAAUUACGAAACCCGUCAUGUAGUGGUCUCUAUGUUCGUGGCCCACAAGUUCCCCACUCCGAAUGUGGUGCAGAUGAAAAUCAACAACCUGAACUGGGUGCACCUGAUGGAUCCGGGCAGGGUGGAGAAUCUACGCAAUAUAUUCCGGAACGAUCUGUGGCCGAAUAGUAAGGAGGAUUUGAGUGUGGUCUUCAUGGAGUCGGCUGUGAAUAUGGGAGGGAGACUUCCUUUGAGACCUCAGCAACGCGAGGGAGUCAUUGUCCAUGUGGGAAGCUUUGCCCAGUUCUCCCCCCGACUGAAGGAGCUCCAGGAGGAAGUGCGUCCCCUAUAUAAGCUGCCAUCCUGCACCUACAAGCGCACUUCCGUCCAGAAAAUCUUCGAGAAUGUGGGCUUCAAGCUGGACUGGUGUGCCUUCCGAAUGGAGUCGCUGGAGUCCCCCACGGAAAUCCUCUUCCACAGCGGCAAGCAGCAGAAUGAGCAGCAGGUGACCGAGGAUCAGAGGGAACAGGAUCGAUGGAUGGGCAUCUCCCGCGAGGAUGUACCCGAACGCAACUACAUCGAUGAGUUCGCCUUUGCCUUCGCCAUUCCUGGCAUGAUUUUCGCCAUUCUAAUCGGGAUGCUUUCCGCUGUUUUGUGCUUCCAUCACGAGAAGUUUUCCGAUCCGCAUUCUGAGUUUUUCUUUGCCAACAUUUUCCACAUCUGCGAAGAGUCCUGUGCGCCAAGCGCGUCAAGCGAUUCUGGGGCGGAUGAUGGUUCAGAGAGUUCCUCCAGCUCGGAUUAUCCCAUGUCCUCCACCGUUCAGAUGGUGCAGUGCUCGGAUAGCAAGUCGAAUCAACCCAUUACCACCUUGAAGAGCCUCAAGGACCCCAAUUUCCUUCUGGACAACACUAGCAUGCGCUCGCAGAGUCCCAACAACAGCUUCUACCAGCUGGACUGCGGCACCUCCAGCAUUUACGCCCGUCCCAAACCACCACCUUACAAGGGCCAAGCUGCCACCCUGGGUCGGAAUGGAGUGGAUAUUUGACAAACAUCUCCCCGAGUGCUCUACUGCUGAAGAAAAACGAAAGGCAUUGGAUCUGAAACCAUGAAAAUCUCAAUAAGCAAUAUCGAGGAGCGUUAUAUCAAUUGCAUGAAUACUCACACCUGCCGAACUAGACAAACCAUAUCGUAAUUAUCAGUUUAUAUACAUACGCAAGCAUAAAACUAGCCAAUUAGUUUGCCAUUUAGGGAUAAAGGCAAUUUAAUAAAGAAUCGUUUUUUUAGAAA